AUGGCUGGGCGCAGUACUGUAGGCCUGGAGAAAUGGAAUGCUGAACAUGAACUCGAGCGCGAGGUUUGCCUGACACCAUCCAUAAAGGUGCCUGACGUAGCAUUGGUCAAAGGGUGGAGAGAAGGACCCGCCGUGACUCCACCUCGACACGAGAGACAGCAAGCAGCAAAAGGUGGUGUAGUGUAA